AUGUCCGAAUCAACAAUCGCAUUCUUCGGCGCAACCGGCGGCUGCGCAAACGCCUGUUUAGCCCUGACCCUCCGCAACGGCCAAAAAGCCGUAGCACUAGCCCGCACGCCCUCAAAACUGACAACCCAACUCCUCGAACAACCCGGCCUAACGCAAGAAAUCCUGACCAAAACCCUCCGCAUCCAACAAGGCGACGCAACAAACGUCGAAGACGUCAUGAAGACCCUCAUAACCUCCACCUCCACACACGGCGAUUCAUGCCAGCUCGUUUCAACCAUCGUAUCCGGAAUCGGCGGCGCACCAGUAAUGACCUGGACCAAGGCGAAUCCAUGCGAAAAAAUGACCAUGCGAAUCCCAACACUACCCCACAUCUCACUAAACAACCCGCACAUAACGGAAGAAAGUACGCGCACACUCCUCGAAGCCCUGCGCCGCAUUGCGACGGAGUAUUUCCCUUCCUUCUCGGCGUAUGCCUCUGCCGCGCCGCGGCUGGCGAUCAUCUCCGGGACCGGGAUUGGGUCGAAAAAUGGGAUGAAGGAUGUUCCGGUACUUUUUCGGCCGAUGUAUUCGACGCUUUUGCCGGAGCCGCAUGCUGAUAAGUCGCGGAUGGAGGCGUUGUUGAAUGAGGAGCGGGGGAGGAAGGAGUCGUUGCUUGUUGGUGGGUUGGUUAUUGUUCGGCCGAGUUUUUUGAAGGGGGAUCAUCGGAUUGUGGCGGUUGGGGGGGGAUUCUGGUUGCGCGUGGGGACGGAUGAGAAUCCGGCUGCUGGUGUUGGGUAUUUGGUUGAUAGGGCUUUGAUUGGGGAGUGGAUUUUUGAGGAGGUUGUUAAGAGUGGUGGGGAUAGGUGGGUUGGAGAAGGUGUUAUUUUGACUUGCUAG